CGUUGCACUUUUUUUCCCUCUCUGCCACCACUGAACGCUCUGUGCUCGCUCGCAAGAAGACAAUGAUGCUGCGAGUGUUUGCGCAGCGUCGCCUGCUCGGCGCCACUGCCCGCUUCUCCCGUGCUGCCAGCUCUGCCACGAGUGGCAAGAACGUGCGCUAUGAGAUUGAGGACGAUGGCAUUGCCAUCGUCACCUUUGAUCUCCAGGGCACAAAGGUCAACACGCUCAACAUGGACCUCGCUGACGAGUUCAAGGGCGUCAUGUCCACCCUGGAGUCUGAUCCCAAGGUCCGCGCAGCAGUGAUCAUGUCUGGAAAGGAGGACAACUUCAUUGCCGGUGCCGACAUCAACAUGUUCACCAAGUGCAAGACGGCCGAGGAGAUGGAGAACCUGUCCCGCCCUUCCCACGCCAUGUUCGACCAGCUUGCAUCCGGCAAGCCCAAAGUUGCGGCGAUCAACGGCUCGUGCCUCGGUGGCGGGCUUGAGCUUGCCCUUGCGUGCCACUACCGCGUGGCCUCGUCCAGCCCCAAGACGGUGCUCGGUCUGCCGGAGGUGAUGCUCGGCAUCCUCCCCGGCGCCGGCGGCACACAGCGCCUCCCCGCACUCAUCGGCCUUCAGAACGCCAUGCCCCUGAUGCUGACCGGAAAGAACGUCAAGCCCUCCAAGGCAAAGCGCAUGAAGCUUGUUGACAACGUUGCUGAUCCCAGCGCCCUGAAGCACGCUGCCGUGCUCGCCGCAAAGGGGCUGGCAGACGGAACGCUCAAGGUGGACCGCGAGCCCAAGGGCGUGCAGAAACUGAUCAACAAGGUGAUUGAGGGUACCGAGUUUGGCCGCAACUUUGCCUUCAAGAAGGCCCGCGACAUGGUCAUGAAGCAGACAAAGGGCGUCUACCCAGCACCCCUCAAGAUUAUCGACGUGCUUGAGACGAGCGCCAAGCACGGCUUCUGCUCCAAGGCCGGAUACGAGGCCGAAGCAAAGGCAUUUGGUGAGCUUGGCAUGACCCCUGAGUCCCGCGCCCUCGUCAGCAUCUACUUUGGACAGACCGCGUGCAAGAAGAACCCCUACGGCAAGCCCAAGCGCAAGGAAAACACCGUUGGCGUGCUCGGUGCUGGCCUGAUGGGUGCUGGCAUCGCCGAGGUGACCAUGACCAAGGGCGUCGACAUCCUCCUCAAGGAUGCCAAGCCCGAGGGUCUGGCGCGCGGCCUGGACCAGAUCUACAAGAACCUCAACAAGAAGACAAAGAAGCGCCGUAUGACCACGUUUGAGCGCGACCAGACAAUGUCCCGCAUCGUCGGCCUCACCGACAGCGACGCCAACUGGCAGAAGCACUUCUCCCAUGCCGACAUGAUCAUCGAGGCCGUCUUUGAGAACCUCGAGCUCAAACACAAGAUUAUCAAGCAGUUUGAGGCCAUCACCCCGGCACACUGCGUCUUUGCCACCAACACCUCCGCCAUCCCCAUCACCAAGCUCGCCGAGGCAUCCUCCCGCCCAGAGCAGUUUAUCGGCAUGCAUUACUUCUCGCCCGUGGACAAGAUGCCUCUUCUUGAGAUUAUCCGCCACCCCGGCACGAGCGACGAGACCACCGCCCGCGCAUACGACAUGGGUCUCAAGCAGGGCAAGACCGUCAUCGUCGUCAAGGAUGUGCCCGGCUUCUACGUGAACCGGUGCCUGGGCCCGUACUCUGACGAGGCGAUGGCUGUGCUGCUUGACGGCGCGAGCAUUGAGGAGAUUGACCGGGCCAUGGUCAAGUACGGCUACCCGGUCGGCCCCAUGACCCUCGUCGACGAGGUUGGCAUCGACACCGCCGCCAGCGUCGGCAAGACCCUCCAGGGCGAUCUUGGCGAGCGCAUUGGCACCGCAGACCCAGAGCUCCUCGAGAAGGUUGUUGCCAAGGGCUUCCUCGGCCGCAAGACGGGCAAGGGCCUGCACAUCUUCCCUCCACGCGGCAAGAAGACGGUCAACCCCGAGGUUGUUGAGAUGAUUGAGGAGCAGCGCAAGCUUCGCGGCAAGCCCAGCAGCGGGCUCACCAGCGUGGAGGACAUCCAGAUGCGUCUUGUCAGCCGCUUUGUCAACGAGACGGCGCUCUGCCUCCAGCACGACAUCAUCGGCUCCCCCGUCGUCGGCGACAUUGGCGCUGUGUUUGGCAUUGGUUUCCCGCCAUUCCGCGGCGGCCCCUUCCGCCUUGUCGACGCGUUUGGCGCGGACAAGUUUGUGGACAUGAUGUUGCGUUACCGCGAUGCGCUCGGGCCCCAGUUUGAGCCUGCUCAGAUCCUCAAGGACUACGCUAAGCAGAACCGCAAGUUCCACCCAGAAGCAUAAGCGACGCGGACCGUGCGCAUGCGCUCCUGUCACUCUGCUGAGCUGAUGAACGCACGUGUGUGUAUGCACACCCUUUUGUCCCAGUGCUUUCGACGUUGCUGGUUUUGCUGUCAUUCUUGUCUGUGUGUUGUGUUGCUGUUGCAUCGUGUUCGUGUCAUCAAGUGGGAUUGCUGCUGGUCUGUGUGAGAGGGGAGGUAUGUGGUGAAGUGGCAUUGACACUUGUGCGAUGGUGGCACUGGAAAAUGGUUGGUGCACCCCCAAGCCAGAUCAGGAGUGUCCUGCCGUUGGCUGGUGCCUGUCGUCUGCUCCCUGUCCAUUUCCCAUCACUGCCUCUCUCCCCUGCCGCUGCUUUGUGUCUUGGUCUUCUUUCGUCUUGUUUCACUACCACCUUCCCUCUCCUGUGCCCAUAGCGACAUGAUUCGUUCGUGUAGUCGCGCCACGCUACCUGUGGCUGUUCACUCGCUCGCCCUCGGCAGCCGUCUCUGUGUGAACAUAUGUGUGUUACACCCUUGUCACCCCAUCCCACUAAAGCCAACGCAAGAAGCAA